CAGCACUCCGCUCCCAUAAAUACUCUUUGGAACCUCCCACGUAUCAUUUGUGCUCUCUCUCUCUCUCUCUCUCUCUCUCUCUCUCUCUCUCUCAUACACGAGAGGAGAACCAUAUGCACGUUUCCACUUCACUUACAAACACAAUUGCACACUUCAAUAUGUCAAGAAAAGCAUGCAAAGGCGUGAGCUUUAGUGCCGACCCAGAAGCCACCGACGAACCAGUCUUCCGGAAACACGGUGGAUUCGGCUCUUCACGACAAGACCGAAGAAGGGUCGUUGUCGGAAUUCUGAAUUUCGGCCUCAGAAGGUCGCCGGCGAGAAGGUUUCUCAGACGGCUCGAAGCCAGAGUAGCCAAAACGCUGCGAUUUAUAUCCCAAGGGAGGGCGAAAACGUCGCCGUCUUGCUCUUCUAGGAAGGUACCCUCGUCCCCUUUGCCGUGUUCUUCAUCAAUUUACCUGAAAAGGUCGAGGUCUCUGGCUGAAUCAGAGUCUCACCGUGCUGAAGCCAUUGAAGACUGCAUCGAGUUCUUGAACUCUUGUUCUUCUGUGCCGAGAUCGAACUCGGUCUCCACAUUCAGAGGGGCCGACUACAUCAAAGAGGAACAUCAUGGGAUAUCCCCACCCCACCCUGUUUCUUUUUGUUCAUCCUUUUGACCCUUUAAACUCAUUGUCUGGUUUCACGAUAAAAAAAUAGAUAUGUUUUAAAUGUGUAGCUCUAUGAAGCUUAAGAAAAAGGUAAGUUUGUUCAGAGCUCA